AUGCUUAAAAAAGUCCUUCGUUCAUCAGUAAAAACCAACUCUAGCACCUCAUCUAGCACCGCUAGAAAAAUUUCAUGUUUGUUCCACACAUCAACCAAGAGUGAAGCUUCCGUAUAUGAAGACUUGAAGACUUUGAAUCCUGAUGAGGCUUUUCCUUGGAUUGAACAUAACAUACCAAAAAGACACGCCCAACAUCCUUACGAAAUUUCUUCUUUAAGUUUCAAUGGUUUAGGAAAGUCAAAGAAACCACCAAAUCCAAUCGUCUUUAUUCAUGACUAUACAACAAAUUCAAAAGUUUUCUCAACAAUUGCCCGUAAACUUAACUACCCAUAUGGUAUAGUUACUAUGGAUUUGAAGGGAAGAGGUAAAACCCAAGUUACCGAUUUGAACCAAUUAUACAAUACACAAGAGGAAAAGGAAAAAACAUCAGGUUCUUUGAACUUGGUUAAUCAUGCUUUAGAUUUUGUUAGAUUGUUGACAUACUACGGAUUACCAAGAGCCUUUGUUGUUGGUCAUGGUUUUGGAGCAAAUAUUGCAUAUAUGUUAAUGAACAAAUGUCCAGACCGUAUUAGUGGUGCUGUUUUAAUUAAUGGUGGAUACCCUAUCAACAAGGCUUCAAUGGCUGAUGUUACUCAAUUGCACGAAAAGAUAGCAUCUACAUUCGCUUCUCCAAACGAGGCUCUAUUCCUUCAAGGUGCUGUUAAUAGUGAAAACAUUGAUUUUAAAUCAUUUGUUGAAUUUUCAAAGAGUCAAAAUAAUGAUGAUGUAAGAUUAGCUGCCACAAAGGAUUUGAGAUCAUUGGAAGACUAUGCACCUUCAUUGGAAGAAUUAAUUCGUUUAAGACAUCCAAUCGCUUUAAUUCGUUCUGAGCAUGGUUUGAAGGAUGGCGAUAAGAAGCCAAUUAUUGAUACCAAGGUUCUCAAAUCUAUGGAAACAACUCUCAACACCAAAUCAGUAAUCACUGUCAAUGGUUCUAAUCACUAUAAUAUGCUUUUUGAUGAGAAAUAUGCUGAACAAAUUGCCAAUACAAUUGACAAGUUCGUCAGUGGUUAUGAUAUUCACAAGAUAAUUGAACAACGAUUUGUCGAUAUCAAAGGAACUGAUGAUAUUAAGGCUGAAGAGUAA